GCACCCUUGGCCACAUGCUUUUGAGAGAACGACUCAAGCUCCUAUACAAACCUUCACUGAAAAUUGUUUCAUCUUUUAACAUCAGUAGAAAGAAGAAAUUAUACCAUAGGUAUUAUGUAAAGUUCAAGAAGGUUUUAAUUAUUAGGAGAGGUAUUUUUAAAGUACUAAUGGAUUCAUAUUGUUUGUAAAAAACAAUUUAAACACCAAAAUGAAUUUAUUUAUUUGUUGAAUACGUUUAUUUUCUUUAGACAAAUUUGACAUUUUCUGAGCAUGUUACACUGCAGGUUCGCAACCAGUUAAUUGGAAUGAAUUCCUCCAUUUUCCAUGGAAACUGUCCUGGGACAUUUCCAGAUCUUAUGUAUUCUUCUGGACAAAAGGUGAAGAAGAACCAUGUUUUACUUCUCUGCAAGUACACUCAGGGUCUCUCUCAUGGCUCCGUGGACGACCUCCUCGAUGUUGAAAACAAGCGACUGGCUGAGAACCUGGCCGCCAAAGUCUCCAGACUGAAAUCUCUGGCGUACGACGUUGACAGAGAAGCUGAGGAUCAGAACGAGUAUCUGGACAACAUGGACUCGAACUUCCUGAGUGUGACAGGCUUGCUGAGCGGCAGCGUGAAGCGUUUCUCCACCAUGGUCCGAUCCAGCAGAGACAAUCGUCGCAUCCUCUGCUACGUCUCUGGGGGCCUGGUCCUGGGCUUCUUCCUGCUCUACUACCUGGUCUCCAGGAUUCAACGCUGACGCGACAACCAGAUCAGCCAGGAGCUGGUCCCCGAUGUGGAGCCUUCUGACUCUGAUGCCAUAUCUGACUGAUUUAUAUCAUCCCUGUUUGGUUUCCUGCGCAGGAGAAAGACUUUUUAUUCUACACCAAAUUGAGAAAACAAAUGGGAAACGGACAGAGUCUUUUUUUUUUUAAAUCGUUGCAACAGACCAGCAAGCGGUGUCGGAAACAGCAGCAGUAUUGAUCAUAGCAACGACUAAGAAAAAAAAAAAAAGGACACACCUGGACAGGGUUAUGUGCUUGGCACUGAAUUCACCUUUUCUGUAGCCAGUCGGGAAGUCCUUACAUGGCCAUAAAGAGGGCAGAGCCUGAAUGCAGGUGGGGAAGAUACCCGCCAUAGCCGAGUGAUUGGCUGAUGAACCUGUCAGUUACGACAAACUUUCAUUAAAGAGUAGCUGUCUCAGUUAAAAAACUUGAAAUGUGACCAUGCUGUAGAUGUUACACUUUACACAUUAAAGCAGUGUGCAGAAGAAAUGAAGGAGGAACUCACAGCGCCAAAAAUAAACGCAAUAAAUUUCAAUCUUUAACGGUGACAGCUACAGAAAGGUCAUAUAAUGAAGUUGUGUUUCUUUGCUAAGUUAAAUCAACAGUGAUAUUCAGAGGUCAGAGUCGAUUAAAGCCACAAGUAGAAGUAAUUUUAUUAUUUCCCAUCAGCACAACAGCAACGUUUUUAAGUUUUGUUUUGUAGCAGUAAGAAUAUAUAUUUUAAUCCACUGGAAGUGGUAUGAAGCAGGUGAUGGUUUGACAUUGUGAGAUGUUCACAAGUGGCUGCAGUUGAUUGACAGGAGACGGGGAAACACACACACACACAAACAACGUGGGCUUCAGUUCAAUGUUUGUAUGUGGCUCAGCCCAUUCCCCUUCUUAUCAUUAAUAUUAAAUGUUGGGAUCUUUCAUGUUCAUGGUUUACACAGACAUUUUGUGUAUAUUUACAUUUUUUGUUUUUUUAUUCCUCAGUUGGUGAAAGAGACUUGGGGAGUAAAAUUAAAUAAAACAUUCCCACUCAUGAUGCUGAUAAACUUCAGCAGAAGUUGCAUAUUAUUAAUACAUUUGCAAUAAAUGGUUUUAAUUGUGGAA